AUGGUUGGGUAAGGUAAUGAAUAAUGUGAAUUCAAUUAAGUUAGUUAAAAAAUAAUUAAAGAGUAUACGCGUUAAAAUCUAAUUGCUGUAUAAAUUAACUAAGUUGAGUUAAAAUUUAAUGUAAACAUUAAACUAACUUUUUAACUUAAGUUAAUAUUUUGUAUUUUGUUUAUAGUUGUUAUUGUCAUAGUAAUAAUGAUUAAACCAGGUGUUUGUCAUUUUGUAUCUAAAUAAAGACUGUUGAUGUUAAAUACUAGGGGAUUAUUCUGGAGAUAUCAAAUUAUACUUACUUAUUUCAAAUUCAAAACACCACACACAUGUAUUGGGUAAAAAGAAAAUUUAUAUAUAAUUCAUACGAUUACCUAUUCGACCUUUAUUUCGAUAUUACGAUUACCUUUAUUUCAAAUUCAUUAUUCAGAUAUUCAAAAUUAAAAUAACUAAUGAAACUGAAUGCAAAUAUGAAAUAUUAUCUAUUAAUGUAUUUCAAAACCUGUAGCGUUGUAGCAUUUAUAGAAUUCUAAUCGUGAUAAUUCAGACUCAAUGAUCACUUAAAUUUAAAUUUGUACAUAGUUACUGUAUUAUUUACCAUUAAAAAUGUAUAAAUUUAAAAAACAAGUAACCUAAACAAAGAAGUACACAAAAACUACCUAUUAGUUAUAAACUUUUAUUCAAAAUAUCUAUUCAAUUUUAACAAUAGAUAGAUAGUAACUAAGUAAUACCCAAGUAGAUAUUAUGAUUAUAAUUUGUGGGAUCGUGACUAUUAUUAUCAUAAAUUCGUUUUUAUCUGUAAAUAUAAAAAUGAAAAGUACGAUACCUCAUAGUCAUCAAAUUUUUAAAAAUAAAAAUGUAUUCUACAUUACUAGAGAAUGGAUUUAUAUGUACUUAAAAUUCUCAAAAGAGCGCUUGAAUCUUCAAAGAAGCGCUUAAAAAUAUUUAAAAAAGCAAAAGUGGUAAAAGGGUUUUAAAGUCCCCACUCUAACAAUUCUAACCCUAUUAAAUACAAUUUUCUAACAUUGACAAAAUAAUUAACACCAAGUAUUUUUAUAUUUUUAUAACACGUACAAAUAUAUUUGAAGAAAAUUAUUUUGUAAUAAUCGGUUUUUUAAUGUGAACAAAUUAUUUUUAAUAAAUCAGAAAUAAUAGACGGGAACAUUUUAAACCCCUCUACCUUUACAGUUCUUUCAAAUAUUUUUAAUGAUUUAUUUAGGGAUUUUAUGACGUUUUUAAGCGCUUUUUCGUGAAUUUUAAGUACAUAUAAAUCCGUUCUUUAUAUAUUACAGUUCCAAGUCAACAUUAGAAAAAUUACAAACCACCCGACAAUCGUAUUUCUUGCUAUCCGUGAUCAGCAAAAACAACUAUGUCGCCGUAUUUAUUACAUAUUUUAGCGGUUUUGGUGUUUUUAUGUUACGUUAUUCUGGUGAUAACGGAAAAAUUCAACUGGAAGCAGUACGCGGGCAACUAAAUCUACCACGUACAAAACAAAAGGCUCCGAAACGAAGUCGAUACGUUCGAAACUCGGGGUUGCAAACUAAAUUGUAUUUAGUAAUUUAUAAUUGAUUAUAUUCCUAAUUUUAUGAAUGCAAAAUAAUAUUUUUAUUCAAUUUUUCUCUUAUAGAGGGCACCGCCCGUAA